AUGGCCUUAGAUCUUCCGAACGAUGUCCUCCUGCUGGUCGGGGAGUUUCUGGAAGACCAUCAGGACCGGUACAACCUGAUCUUCGUGUGCCGUCGGUUCCAUGACCUCUUUCUACGCCUGGUCUAUCGAGCAGCAGCGCUGAAGUCCUGCUCGCAAGCGCGCUCCUUCCUGGGCGCCCUUCUCCAUCGACCCGAGCUGGCUCGUGCGGUGCGGAGUCUACACUUUGAUGACUGGAAGCAGACGUCCUCUCCCUCCGCUGGUUUGUCCGAAACAAGCCUGACGCCUUUUAACGAAUGGGCGCGCAACAUUAGCCAUUCCGAAGACGAGUAUACGCAAUGGGAGCAGGAUCUCCGCGGGGAGGUGGAAGAAGCGUGGAUUGCCCUUUUUCUGCCUCUCACCAGCAACUUGCGGCACCUCGAUCUAGUGUAUCCGAGAGAGAACGUGUAUCUGGACCGGACAUUGCAGCGGGCGAUGAAGGGAGAGAAGCCCUUUGAUGGCCAGCCUGCGUUCCGGACGCUGCAAGAGGUGUCAUUGCGCCACCAGGACCACGAAGACACCAAGGGCAGCUACCUGCCCUCGCAGGUGCUCCCGUUCUUUUCCUUGCCGUCCAUGCGCGCAUUCUCGGCGGAUUCAGUGAUAGAAUCGCGCCCUCGGGAGGAUGGAGAGCACGAUGCGGAAACCGGGGGUCUCGAGACUCCCGCGAUCGGAAGCUCGCCCAUCACCGAGAUCACCCUCAACUCGAGCAACGGCUCGCAGGGCAUGGAGAGCUUGAUCGCCUCCUGCUCGUCCCUGCAGUCGUUCAAAUACCAGCACUCGGAUGCCCACCUGCUCGCCGAGGGCUACCAGCCGUCAGCCUUUUACCGGUCUCUGGCCGGCAGCAAGCACAGCCUGCACACGCUGUGGCUGGAUACGUGCGGCAACCACCUGCCCUUCACCAUCGCCGGCGUCAACGAGACGCACGACGAAUGGUUCGGACCGCUGGUGGACUUCACCACGCUGAAAGACAUCCGCAUCCGCCUCCCCAACCUCCUGGAUAUCCGCUACCAGCCGGAACCCUCCACCGCGCUGCCGGACGUCCUCCCCAAAUCGGUCGAGUCGCUCUACGUCGAAGGCUGCAAGGAGAACUCGCUUGCGAUGCUCAUCAACCAGCUGAAGCUGGUCCUUGGCAAGCGCGCGACGCAGUUCGCGGGGCUCCGGCGUCUCGACAUUGAGGGUUUCUUCCACGACGAGGAGGACGAAGACGCCUCGGGGUACCAGGAGAGCGCGGCUGCGACCGGCGGCGAGAAAGUCAUCAAACCUCGUGUCUACGAGAUGGCGGAACCGCUUCGAAGUGCCUGUGUGGACGCGGGCGUGGAGCUGUUCCUCCGCGACCGGGCGUGUCUGGCGACGAUGUAG